UUAAGACAGAAAAUAGGAAAAAUUUUAAUCCCUGUGUCAAAGCAUUAGGGACGCUCAUUGUGGGAUUCUACAUCUUGAAAAGGAUUCAGGAAAAUCAGAGAGGCUGCGUGGAGCAGAAAUGCAAAAAAUGGCUUGAGGGUGGGAGGAAAAGCCUGGCAGAAAGAGAAUUAAGCAACUCAGUAUAUUUAGCUUAUCAGAAAGACGGAUGAGAGGGGGUUUGCUUGCAGCAUAUGUGUAGUGUCACAAAGAGAAAAUGCCAGGCUCUGAAAGGCUCUUUAAUCAAGCAGAAGGCAGAACAAAAUGGUAUGUCUGCAAGCUGAAGCCAGACACAGGGAGGUGGGAUGCUCUUCUGAACGUGAGGGUGAGGGACUCCUGAAACAGACCCAGAAAGGUGGGAGUCUGCACCGCUUGUCUCCGAAUCAAGCCUCCCCCCUGUCUUGGAAACUGUGCGUGAACCAAACGUAGUGUAUCGGAAUUACUGCGAGGAGAUGAACCGCUGAGCUCUGUGCUGCUCACACGGCCCCUGCCAGGCCACUGGGUCACUUCAGCUGAGGAAGACCCUGGGAAAGCGGGUCCAGUUGGGCAGAGUGCUCGGGGAGCAGAGUGGGCAGGCUCCAGGUGUUUGCCUGCGCCCGCAGUGGUCAUGUAGAAGAGCAGAUUUAAUGUGAAGAUGGGACUGUUGGUGUUUAUGCGUAACCUGCUGCUAGCCCUCUGCCUCUUUCUGGUACUGGGAUUUCUCUACUAUUCCGCUUGGAAGUUGCACCUUCUCAGAUGGGAGGAUUCAAAUUCAGUGGUUCUUUCCUUUGACUCCGUUGGACACACAAUAGGCUCAGGAAGGAGAGAGAGAAAAACGGUGGCUAUUGUGCUCCCGCUGUCCAGCCCAUCUCACCUUGCUGCAGACCCAGGAAAAGACAGAGCCCAGAAAGAACCCACAGAAACAAUGGCAGCUCCAGGCCCAGCCAUUCCCAAAUAUGACAAACUGGGCUUUCUCCUGAACCUGGACUCAAAAUUGCCUCCAGAAUUGGCAUCGAAGUAUGCAAAUUUCUCUGAGGGAGUGUGCAAGCCAGGCUAUGCAUCAGCGCUCAUGACUGUCAUCUUCCCAAAGUUCUCGAAGCCGGCACCAAUGUUCUUGGAUGAUUCCUUCAGGAAAUGGGCACGAAUCAGGGACUUUGUACCCCCCUUUGGAAUUAAAGGACAAGAUAAUCUGAUCAAAGCCAUCCUGUCAGCAACCAAAGAUUACCGUCUAACUCCAGCUCUUGACAGUCUCAGCUGCCGGAGAUGUAUUAUUGUGGGAAAUGGUGGAGUACUUGCAAAUAAAUCAUUGGGGUUAAAAAUUGAUGACUAUGAUGUUGUUGUCAGGCUGAACUCAGCUCCAGUGAAGGGCUUUGAAAAGGAUGUGGGUGGCAAGACAACACUCCGGAUCACAUAUCCUGAAGGUGCAAUCCAGAAAAUGGAGCAGUACGAGAAGGAUUCCCUGUUUGUUCUGGCAGGAUUCAAAUGGCAGGAUUUCAAGUGGCUGAAAUACAUUGUUUACAAGGAGAAAGUGAGUGCCUCUGAUGGCUUUUGGAAGUCAGUGGCAACCCGUGUCCCAAGAGAACCUCAUGAGAUACGUAUCCUGAAUCCCUUCUUCAUCCAGGAAGCAGCUUUCAGCUUCAUUGGACUGCCUUUCAACAACGGCCUGAUGGGCAGAGGGAACAUCCCCACCCUGGGAAGCGUAGCAAUAACCAUGGCGCUCCACAACUGUGAUGAGGUGGCGGUAGCCGGGUUUGGCUAUGACAUGAGCUCACCCAAUGCACCCCUGCACUACUAUGAGACCAUCAAGAUGUCUGCCAUCAAAGAGUCUUGGACGCACAACAUCCAGCGGGAGAAGGAGUUUCUGAGGAAGCUGGUGAAAGCCCGAGUCAUCACUGACCUAACCAGUGGGAUUUGAGUGGCUGCAGCCACUGCCUCCAGGGGAGGAGAUGAAGACACACACUGCAGCUCUGAGAGCAGGCACUGGCAGCCCCCUGCAAGAAUCCCACCUCACUGAAGACACACAGAGAUGCCCAGGUGCUCUGGGAAGACCCUCUUGCAUUGCCAGUCUGCACGAGGGCUGCAUCUGCCACCUCCAGGCCUAGAGCUGGCAGGAGGUGGGCAAGGGACUAAGUGGACAGUUCUUGAACUCUGCAUUGCAGACAGAUCUUCUGCAUCCUGAAUUAGACAGGAAAGACUCAGGAGAGAGAAAAAAGAUUUGUGAAUAAAAUGAUUUGUGCCAAAUGGGAGGUGAUGCUGCCACAAGGCAGCAAUGCCUGAAUGUACAAAGUAUUAUUUUUUAAAAGACUCUGCUGGAACCAUACUAGAAAUACCAAGGUACAAGGCAAAGUCUGCUUGUGCACAGCCCUGCGAAAAACCCAACCUCUUCCUGCUCCAUGUGCAUUGUCACCAGCCUCAGACCUUUCCCCAGGAAAACAAAUCCAUCCAAAACUUCGGUGUUGUUGGUGCUGCUAUAAUUCAAAGGGAGAAUAAUGGCUUCCUCUCAUUCUCCACUUGGAGCUUCUGAAUGGAGAUGAGCAUGAGUUUGUUUUUCUGCAUUUUUUUCCUUGCUUCCUCCACAGAGGUGGCAACAUCGACUUGGCUGUGCUUUUCAUGGCCAUUUGCUCUGCCUUUGCCCUGACCCUGAGGUGGAGGGGGGAGCCGAUGGCUUUCUCCUGCCCCAGCAGACCCUCCCCACCUUCCUGCCUGUCACGGUGUGGGGGAGCCUGCCUCGUUGUGCUCAAGGCUUUCGGGCCUCUUGGUUUGUGCCUGCUGUGCAGGGCCCCCGUGGAGUCUGUGCACAUUGGUGUCACUGUUUCUGGACAGCAUCUCGCUUUGCUUUUGUGUGGGAGGGGAGCAGUUUGCUCUUUGGAAGGAGGUCAGAUCUUGAGCGGAGAUCUCAAGCUUUACAUUUUGAGAGCAGACCGCUGAAGAUGUUUGCUUUAUGUUCCAGACACGAUCAUGUUCCCUGUUUAAGCAACAUGUGACCUCAGUGAGGAUGGAGCCUCAUGGGAACCCUCGCCCUCCGCUCGGCCCCUGCUCACACCAUUUCCAAGCUCCUCCCGUGCUGCUCUAGCACUGCUGCUCCUCCUGCUCUCAGGAGCACAUCCUUCCUUGGUCCCAAGAUGCAGUAUUUGCACAUUUGAUUUGUAUACGUAUUUCAGAGGAGCUGGAAUAAACUGAGCAACGUGGCCAAGCGUGAGGACAGCAGGGUGAUCUCCUCCACUGGGAGGGUGUGGGCAGAAGGGGGAUUGCCAAGGGAGUGAAUGGUUACAGGUGGAAAUCGGCUCCUGGAGCAGGCUGGGCUGCACCCACAGGCACUGUCCAAGUACCUGGGUGUCCAGCAUGCAGCCAGCCAGUGCUGAGGUCAGUGGAGGGGGAUCCCAAAGGAAUGCAGGUUGGGCUCGUGGUCCUGGCGCUGCAUGCGAUACAAUCCAAGGAUUGUAGUCUGUCUUACUCUGAGCUGCCUCUUCCCCUGCUGACUUGUGGGGGGCUGUGACUUUGGAGCUGAGACCCUCAAGGGGGUGUGCAGGAAGAGCAGGCAAAUGACCCAGGUGUGGGGCAGAGGAGCAGACUGUACAGAAUGGUUUGAGACCAGGCUGCAGGCAGAGGCAGAUCUCAGGACAUGGGGCUUGAGUGCUGCUUACAGACCAGUGUGGGAUGCGUCCCUCAGGAACCUUUCCUGCAUGGUGUGCCUGUAGCCAAGGAGUUUACUCAGGGGCAAGUCCUGUCCAGCUUCUGGUUGUGGCUGCUGCUUGCUUUGUCAUCUGGGAGCAGCUCAAGGAUUGUGUCUCUUCUGGCAUUCUCGCCUUUCCCUGUCCCUUCCCAUCCCUCUGGCCUCCCAGCCUGGCAGUCCCUGCUCCCCCAGGGACGUGCCUCCCACCAGGAUGCUCUGUGAGGUUUACAGCAGGUUUUUGAGCAUAUGCUGUGGCAGAUACUCCUGUGAACUCUCCCCCAGUUUCUUCUUCCUUCUUAAGGCGCCCAGGGGAUGGGAUUUCCCUGGCUCUCACCUGGUGACACUCCCUUUGCAGUUUCUGUGUGUCAGCCUAGACCCAGGACUGUCAUCUCUAGAGUCCCAGUCAUGCUGGCAGUGGGGAUGCUUGGGCUGGACCUGGUUGAGGUUGUAGAUUGGGAAGCAUUGACACCUACUGCUCAGCCUUCCUGUCAUCCCAGCUCUCCACCAUGACCAGGGACAGGUCCUGAUGGGAAUUUGACCAAAGAGAUGAUUGCAAGCCCUUCCCUUCACCUUGGUGGGAGUCUCCAGGCAGAAAUGCCCAGGCUGGCUAGUUGAGCGCAUGGCCCAGGGUGACUGUGGUGGCUCAGGACCACCUGCAAGUAGAAGGAAAGAGUGUUUGGGGGCCAAGACUUCCCUCCAGGUCACUGACAGCACAGAGCAGCCCCACGGCUGGGUGAUGGAGCAGCGUGCAGCGCUGGGUUUCACUCCUGGAUGCCGUUCCUUUGGCUGCCUCCCCGUGUGCACCUGCAGCCACCUCCCGUUCUCUGAGACGCUGCAGUCCUGCCAGCUCGGAGCGGUGCACGCGGGUCAGAGCACGGUCAGUGGGACGGAUGUGAGUCUUGGCCUCUCCCUCGCAGUGACUCACCUUGUCAGAUCGGAAGGGAGAGCCCAGGGGAAUUCUCCACAGCCUAAAUAUAGAGCGGGGUUGCCUGGUGCCUCUGGUGCGCUGCGGUGCGGAAAGGCCGCUCGGGUGGCGGGGAACCUGCCCGGGGACACGCAGGGAGGCCGGGAGCCAGCGCCCACAGCAGGUUUCGCUCUGACUACUGCAGAGGGCAGAUCUGGGGAGCUGCUGGGCAGCCAGCACAUGCUGCUCCAGGGGAGGGGGCUGCCAGAGAGCUGCUACUGCUGCGCUGACCACACUGUGAGCUCAGGCUGACCACGCUGGUGUCGGGCUCCUGCCACCAGGGAAGCACCAAAGGGAAGCACCGUGGCCAGGGAGCACGAGGCAACAGUGGGAUCCAAUCCCAUGUCUCUCAGCCCAGUGUCUCUGGGCUUCCAGGACCUCCUUUCCUCGGAGGGAGCAGUGGGGAGGCCCUGCCUGGCCAUGCUGUGCUGCCCCUCAGUGUGGGCACUGCUGGGAGCAGGGGAGGGUGUCAGGACAGGGCCAUCUGUGUCAAACAGGGGCAGUCAGGCUGGGGAUGGGCAGCACCAGGCACGGGCAGGGGCUUCCAGAGUGCCUGGCAGUGGGGCGGCCACCACGCCGAGCUCCACCAGCACCAGUGUGGCACGUGCCGUGGGUCUGAGCAGUAUUAGAGACGUGUACUUAGUGCAGGAGACCCCUUUGGGGCCACUACCCAGCUCCUCCGGGCUCUGGCUCCUCUCACAGCCUGCACAGGGACUCGCAAAGGCCAGUGGGUUUGCCGGUACUGUACCAAGCUGAGAUGCAAGAACUCAGUGAGUUUUUAAAAUUAGUUUUUAGUUUCUGCAGGUUUUUUUUUUAAUUUCCCCUCUAGGCAGGGAGGGCAAGAGUCUUGCAGGCUCCUCCAAGCCGGCUUAUGUCACAUCAAUUCAGUCAUAUCACAGAAGCAAUAAAGCUAUCAAACGAG